AUGGAUGUUUACUACUUCUACAGCUACGGCACUGCCGCCUGGUUGGCAACACAGGCUGCGCCUCUCAUCACCAGUCCUACGAUGAUUGUUGCGCUGCUCUCCCCAGAAGUCCGCGAAGCUACAACUCUUGAAGUCUACUUCUCCCGCACACUCGGCUUCACCCUCCUCACACUGGGCAUUCUUACCGUCCUUCUUACGGGCUCCGUGCCGCUUUCAAGUAGUCUGGCAGAAGGCGUCUCCACAGAGAACACCGAUCCCAAAGCCCCCUACGCUCUCCCCACCCUUACAAUCACCGCCCUUUUCCACGCCACCUACGCCUUCUACUGCUACGGUCUGUGGACUGAGACAGGUGUGACUUCAUUCAGCUUGGGCAGCUUCGGCUCAGGAUUCCUUGCUGUCGUCGCGUUGUGGUGCGUCCUGUUUGCGAGCAGCAACGGCAAGAUCAGCCGGAAGACGGGCGCAGACAAGAGGACAAGUGGGUUCCCUUUCAAGAACAGCGAGGCCGACAAGAGGAAGGCCAGAUAGAGGGCUCGCUAACGCAUUUCGAAGCUUGAACAACGACUUGAGGACUGCGAAUGGUGUGGAUCUGCAGGCCGCAAACAUCGGUCCUGGAGCAAUUGACAGUAUAUCCCAGCG